GGAUCUUGAAUCUAUGACAUGGAAUGAAACUCCUUCUUGCAUGUCAAUCAUCACUCACAACACAAGAUCAGGAUCUCCAUUCCAAAAUUUCAACGAUCUCGUCAUCGAAACCCUAACCAGCUCUUCCUUCACGCCAUCUUCUCAUUCCACUCCACUCUCGCGUCGACCGGAAAGAUACUGUAGGGCCAGGGCCACUUAAUGAUAGGAUUACCGACUUCUGCGUAGGUUGUCUUUGAGACCUUUUUAAGCAAAUGGAUUCGGUACCUGCUGAUGUGUCUAAUUCAUCUCCUGCGAAAGUUCCAUCUACUUCGCCUCCUGCCAAAGAGACCGGUGGAGAAGCUUCUGCUUCUGUAGCCUCUGGAGAAGAUAAUUCUGCCGGCGAGGCACCAUCUAGGCUAUCUCCCACUGGCAUAUCAUCUUGGGCCAAAAACUUGAAAAUUUCUCCAUCAUUUUCCGGCUCCCAAGAUGACUCAUCAAGUGCAAAUGCUGGGAAAUCAUCUUUCGCACGCUUCACUAGUAAUUUGGGAUUGCGGUUGUCUCCAAAAUCUCCUGCAACAGAUGACAGAACCAAUGAAACAACAUCGCAGUCUAAUUUGUUGGGAAAUAUUACAAAAGGCUUGGUUGACUCUUCGAAGAAUGCAGUGAAAGCAGUGCAGGUUAAAGCACGGCAUGUUGUUUCUCAGAAUAAACGCAGAUACCAGGAAGGAGGUUUUGAUUUAGAUAUGACAUACAUCACAGAAAACAUAAUUGCAAUGGGGUUCCCUGCUGGCGACAUGAGCUCUGGUUUUUUUGGUUAUUUUGAAGGGUUUUACAGAAAUCACAUGGAAGAAGUGAUUAAGUUUUUUGAGACCCAGCACAAGGGUAAAUACAAAGUUUACAAUCUUUGUUCUGAGCGGCUGUAUGAUGCAUCAUUGUUUGAGGGGAAGGUGGCUAGCUUCCCAUUUGAUGACCAUAAUUGCCCACCAAUUCAACUCAUUAUAUCUUUUUGUCAAAGUGCUUACUCAUGGUUGAAAGAAGACAUUGAGAACGUCGUAGUUGUCCAUUGUAAGGCUGGAAUGGCAAGGACAGGAUUGAUGAUUUCUAGUCUUCUAUUAUUCUUAAAGUUCUUUCCAACGGCUGAGGAGUCAAUGGAUUACUAUAAUCAGAAAAGAUGUGUUGAUGGAAAAGGACUUGUUCUGCCUAGUCAGAUUAGGUAUGUCAAAUAUUUUGAACGGGUCAUGACGUACUUUAAUGGAGAGAACCCACCUCCCCGCAGGUGCAUGCUUAGGGGGUUCCGGCUUCACAGAUGUCCAUACUGGAUCAGGCCUUCGAUAACUGUCUCGGAUCAUAGCGGUGUUUUGUUCUCAACCAAAAAGCAUCCAAGGACCAAGGAUCUUUUGGCAGAAGAUUUUUGGUUUAGUGCACCAAAGAAGGGAGUGAUGGUCUUUGCUUUGCCUGGAGAGCCUGGUCUUACAGAGUUGGCUGGUGACUUCAAAAUCCAUUUUCACGAUCGCCAAGGAGAUUUUUACUGUUGGUUGAACACAACUAUGACAGAAAAUAGGAAAAUUUUGAACACCAGUGAUCUGGAUGGCUUCGAUAAGAGAAAAUUGCCUUCUCCAGGAUUCAUGGUAGAAGUAGUGCUUGUUGAUUAUAAUGGUAAUGUUGUAACUUCCAGACCUGAAACUGUUACAAAGAAAUCCGAUGAGAGUCCAAGUAACAGUCCUGCCCCAGUUGAAGUGAGCCCUGCUGCACCAAAUGCGAGCAAAGAGUCAGAGGGUGCUGAGAAAGAUGAUGUGUUUUCAGAUGGUGAGGCUGAGCAUCCUGCUUCUUCAAGAAGUAAGCAAACAAAAGCAUCUGAAGCAGUUGAAACAGUUACGAAUGCGCCCAGAGAGUCUGAGUCAAACAAAAAUUCAGACCAAGUCUCAAAUUUAACGCGUGCAACAGAACAAGUUUCUUUGGGAAAUAAGAUCUCUACGCCAAUUCACAGUGCUGGUGAGCCAAAAAGUGAUGAUGGAAGAACAGUGCCCAGUCUCCCGACGCCCAGCUCGGAAAGUGAGUUUAAGGCCAUGGCUGCAGAUGCUUCUGUCUUUACAUUCGGAGAUGAUGAAGACUACGAAAGUGACUGAGGCACCACAUGUUUACUCUGUUAUCUUUAUACUUCAAUAUCUGUACAUAAAUAUUGCUUUGCAACUUUCUCAACAAUAUCAUGUUCAUCCAUUUGUUUGUUGUAAUGAUAAAUCUGGCUACUGUCACUGGCAAUGCGCUAGUUGAUAAUAAGAAUUUGUUGUGUUAUCAAUCA